AUGAAACAGGAGGUUGCACGAUUGCAGUCGCAACUACGAAAGAAAGAGUUAAGAGAGGCUAGAAUCGUAAAGGAAAUGGAACAGCGCGAGAAAGAUUCACAUAGAGAACUAGAGGAAAUGGCGCAGCAGCUGAGAAACGUGACAAAGAAAGUUAGAGAUCUGAAGUACGUGAAAGAAGAAUUGUUAAGUGUCGGGAAGCAACCACAUGAAAAAGAUGAACCAAUGUCCAUUUUAAAGCGUCAAGUUGCUAUCUUAAAAGACCAGUUAAGAGCGAGAGACCAUGAGAUAAGUGAACUUCAAACAACUCUUUCAGUAACCAGACGAAAGUUAUUUGAGCGUAAAGCUCAAGAAUCACCAGACUGGGUUAUUUCUCGUGAUCAAAUUCAAUUGACGGACAAACGUCUUAGUCAUGGAGCUUGGGGGUUUUGGGUCGAAGGCAAGUAUUUUGGAUGUGUCGUAGCUGUGAAACAAAUCCACGAGACAGUUAGAAGUCCUUACAAUCAUACACUAUUUGAACGAGGAAUGCUUAUGGCUUCAAGCUGUCGCCACCCUUGUUUGCUGCAGUUCAUUGGAGCAACAAAAGACGAAGGAAGUCAAUUGUAUGUAACAGAGCUCAUGGAAACGAGUUUACAAGCACUGUUAGAGAACCAACUUCUCUGUCAGACAGAAAUCUUCGUUAUUUCUCUGGAUGUCGCUCGAGCUCUAAACUAUCUCCACCAAAAACAUCCCUGCCCUAUUCUUCAUCGUAAUGUGAGCAGUUCAAAGGUGUUACUGUGGCGACAGGGGGUACAGUGGCGAGCCAAGCUCUCAGGUUGUGGCACCGUUAAUUUUAAGAAACACACCACGACAAUGUAUCCUGGAGAUCGGCGUUACAGUGCACCUGAAGCAAUGACUGCGAAUCAAACGGAAAAGGUGAAACUUUUCUUCAAAAUGACCGCUUUUUCUGUUAAAACCGUUAUGGUAGAGCUCCUCAGUUUUAUUUUCUUCUAA